AUGAAAUCCAUAUCAGCAAUCCUGUCUCUUCCCACCAGUCUCUCUCUUCUAGCCUUCUCAUCCGCAUUCCCAACCUCCGAACCGUCACAACAACCCCUCCCGCUACUGAUCUGGCACGGUUUGGGUGACCGCUACAACGCAGACGGCCUCCAAUCCGUGGGCAAACUUGCUGCUUCCGUAAAUCCAGGAACCCAUACCUAUUUCAUCCGAAUCGACGACGAAGGCGACGAAGACUCCAAAGCCACCUUCUUUGGCAACGUCACAGAGCACUUGGACAAAGUCUGCAAGGACAUAGAAGAGAACAGGGACCUGCCGUUUAGCCACGAUGGAAGAAAGAGAGUCGAUGCUUUAGGUUUCUCGCAAGGCGGACAAUUUCUUCGGGGACUGAUUGAGACAUGCCCAAUUGUGUCGGUGCGGAGUUUGGUCACAUUUGGAUCGCAGCACAACGGGAUUGCAGAUAUCAAAGCUUGCGGGACUUGGGACUUACUCUGCAAAGGCGCCGUGGCAUUGAUGAAAGGCAAUGCCUGGUCGGACUACGUGCAGGGGCAUGUUGUGCCUGCUCAGUAUUUCAGAACGGUGAACGAGACGACCGGAGAGCCCAGUGAGGAUUACCUUGAACAUAGCAACUUUCUCGCCGAUAUCAACAAUGAGAGAAGACAGAAGAAUGAGGCGUAUAAGCAGAGACUGAUGGAGAUUGAGAAAUUCGUCAUGUUUGUGUUUGAAGAAGAUACGACCGUCAUUCCGAAAGAGUCAGGCUGGUUCGCUGAGGUGAAUGCUACGAGCGGGAAGGUCACGCCUCUCGCGGAGAGGAGUAUCUACAAAGAUGAUUGGCUUGGAUUGAAGAAGCUAGAUGAGAAUGGCGCAUUGGUGUUCAAGACAACACCCGGAGAUCACAUGCAGCUGGACGACGAUGUGCUCGUGCAGACCUUCAAGGUCUAUUUUGGAGUUGACGAGCCGACGAGAUUUCGAGGCCUGGGCGUGGGAGACGGCUGGUUUGACUUUAGCCACGAGAGCAUGUGGCCAGAGAACGCAAAGGUAUGGGAUCGGGUCACAGAAUGGGCGAAGCCGAUCAAGGAGUAUUUGUAGAGUGCCAAUGGAAAUGCAUUCCUGCUUU